AUGCUUUAAGAAAUUUAAUAGGCUUAAAAUAGAUUCAAAAUAUCAAUUGAAAAAGCCAAUAAAUCUAUUGUAGAAACAGAUAGACAAUAUUUGGAUGAAAAUGAUCAAUAAAUAUAUGAAUUAAAGGAUUAAUUAAAAGAUUUAUUGGAUAAAUUUUUAUAUUAAUCUCAGCAUUAAAAAUAUAAGGAUAAAAUAAAUGAAACAAUUUAUUCUAUAGUAAGGGUUUGUAGUAAUUUAAAAUUUCUUGACUAAUUAAUAUAGUAACAAAAAAUAUUGGAAGCAUAUUAAGAAUACAAAAACAAAUAUGAUUAGAUUUAGUAAUUUUUAGAAGAUAAAUAGCAAUAACAUUAAUAAUUACAUCAAUAAAUUUACAAUGAUUAAUACUUUGAAUAAAUAAAUGGAGAAAGAAUAAAAAAAUUAAAAAUAACACAAGACAAAUUCGAUUAAUUUAAAAACAAAAUGAAUCAAUUAAAAGAUUAGAUAACAAAUUUGUUCAAUAAUCAAUAUUACAAUAAUUAAUAAACUAAGAAUUUAACAAAUAAUGAAUUAAUAAAGAUUGAUUAAAAAAUAUUUGAGUUUUAAAAGUAAUUUGAUAAUUUUAAUGAAUUGAAUACAUAAAAUUAAAAUUCUUGUGAAAUUAUUCGUAAUUAAAUAAAAUUAUUGGAAGAGUUUAAGAGAAAAUAAAAGGAAGUAAAAGAGAAUGAAAUAGAAAAAGUAAAUUAAUUUAAGCUGACUAUUGAAAAAAAAGAAGCUGAACACAAAAGUGAAUAAGAAAAAGAAAUUUUUAAUUUAAUUAAUCAAUUAUAGAACAGAUAAGUUGAUAUGUGUAAUUUGAUUAAGUAAAACCUUAGGUCCAAAUGCUCAAGUGCAUUUAUGA